AUGUCGGACUCCAGAUCACAUCUUCUUUCCCAAAUUCCGCUUAUUGUGAUGCCAGGGAAGUACUCCAAGCCGCAUCCUGUGACGCUGCCGUAUGACUUCGAGCAAUUACCGACCUCCACACAAGUAUUCAGGCAGCAAGAAUUAGAUGCACUCAUAUCGCAAUUAGACGACCUACGCGAGAAUCAACAGCGUAUGGCCGAUCAAGUAAGAGAAAGAUACGGCAAAACAGCAUUGACUAGCCGAUCGCAGCCAUUCAAUGACUGGGAGCAAAAUAUCCGACGGGUGGCACCAGGAUAUUUUGGGGCCGACGGCAAAGUGAGUAUCAUGACUCCGACUAGACACCAUGGUGACGCUGGAAAAAGACAGCAGGAACGCGAACUGUAUGCAGAAGUGUCUGCCUCAGGUACCACACAGAAAUCUGCUGAGGACUGCGAGUCACAGCUGACGGGCGCAAACUACGACCUUGCUAAUUUACGUAUAGAAUAG